AAAGCUGAGGGGCGCGAUCGAGCCAUCCGGCCUAUCCCGUACCGCUCCGUCUGCCAACCCGAUCCGCCCUUGUUCCAGGUCUCGAGCUCCCGCUUACUGCGGAUCCAUCCAUGGCGGGAGAAGACGGCAGUGAGGAGGCUGCAAUAGAGCGGCAGCUGGAGCGGCAGCUGGAGGAGCAGAAGGAGUCGCUGGCCGUGGUGAAGGAAGCCCUUGCCUCCGACCCCUCCAAUCACGAGCUUCACACGGUCCAUGAAGAGCUUCUCCUGGCGAUCAGGGAUGCAGAGGAAGGUCUUCUUCACCUAAAACGUACACGGUUACUGAAGGAAGCUGAUGCAAUCUUUUCAAGCCAAGGACCAGAAUCUAUUGUUCAGGAUGUCAAACUGGAACCUUUGGAUCCGAGACAGAUUGAACCGGAGCCAUUAGAAUCAGAAACAUACUCCAUUGGAUCAAAGUGUAGAUUCCGUCAUACAGAUGGGCGCUGGUAUAAUGGUCACAUAGUAGGAUUUGAAGGUGCUAAUUCUGCAAGGAUCUCGUUCCUUACCCCUACAACUGAGAGCAUGCAGAUGUGCAAGUUCUUUCUACAGCAAAGAUGUCGAUUUGGUAGUAACUGCCGCUUAUCACAUGGAAUGGUUCUUCCUACUUCAUCAUUGAAGCAGUAUGUUCCCACCAUAUGGCAACAAUCUUUGGCAGGCUCCAGCAUCUGGGCAGUUUCUGGAGGUCAUCCUGGCAUCUGGAGGAAAGCAGAGCUCGAGUCAUGGGAUGAUGAGCUUGCACUGGCUCAGGUUGUUUUCCAAGAUGACGGGGGCUCGGCUAAACUCAGGACUGAUGCGCUCUCUAUAUCUGAAUAUGCUGAAAUGAGUGAUGAUGAAGAUGAGGAUUCGAGCUUGGGAACAUCUGAAUCCAGUGAAGAAGAGGAAGAUGGAGGGAAUGAAACAGGCCAUCAAGGUCUGGGAUUCUUGGAUGCCGCAACAACAGCAAGGGGUAUUCAGACAGAUACAGCAUUGUUUGCAAAGUGGGAACAUCACACACGGGGCAUCGCUUCCAAGAUGAUGGCCAGCAUGGGUUAUCGUGAAGGGAUGGGAUUAGGUGUCUCAGGUCAAGGCAUGCUCGAUCCAAUUACAGUAAAAGUUCUCCCACCUCAGCAAUCUCUCGAUCAUGCAGUUGCCUCUAAUGAGACUGAAGAAAAUAGAGCAGGCCAAGACAAGAAACGCAGCAGGGGUGGCAAAAGAAAGCGUGACAAGAAGUAUGCAGAAGCACACCGGGCUGCUAAAGCUGAAGAGCAGGGAUCAGAUAUUUUCAGCUUUAUCAAUACCCAGCUUGCCGGGCAAGAUGUUGCAAAUGGUUCCAGGAGCAGACUUAAAAAGGGGACAGCUGAGGCUCUGAUAAUCACCAAGAAAGAGGACAGACGAUCCUUGGUCGCAUAUGAUGAUGAAGUAAAAGAGCUAAGAAACCAGGUUGAGAAGCUGGAAGAGAUGGUGAACCGCAAUCGCAAGGAUAAGGCUGUAUAUGAAGCAGCUUCGAGGAAGUUGAAUGAAACCCGCAAGGCUUUGGCAGAUGCUGAGGCUGCUCAUGCUUCGGCCUCAAGCGCGGUCGUCAACAAGGAGAAAGAGAAAAGGUGGCUUAAAUUCUGAUGUUUCGCAACCUGCCCUACGGUGAAGCGCGUGCCUGUCAAACCUUAGGGGUUUAUUGAAUCAAGCUGGCAUUCUUGGUCUCUUGGAGAAUGGUUGUUGACUCAAAGCAGUCUCUGCCUAUAAUCUUGCCUCAGUGGAGCUAUUUUCAGGCAUUUUUGGGUGGUCGUGUAUGUGGAAACUGCUAUAAAGUUAUGGCCUGAUCUUAUCGAUGAUGUUUAUUUGUCAGAUAUAUAUUCGUUUUC